AUGGCGAGCAGCUCCACCCUCCCAACCGACACCGUCUCCACCGGUCCCAAGCAGCACUCUGUCUUAGUCAAAGAGCUGAUCCAGGCCGGCGGAGAGCUCUUUGGAACCUUCCUCUUCAUCUUCCUGGCCUUUGCAACCAUCCAGGCGUCGCUGCCGGUCCAGGGACCCCUGUUCAACCUGUUUGUCGCCCUGGGCUUUGGUGUCGGUCUGUUGCUGGCCAUCGCCCUCACUUACCGCAUCUCCGGCGGCGUCCUCAACCCCGCCAUCACUAUCGCCCUCGCUGCCCUGAGACUCUUCAGCCUCCGCAAGAGUGCUCUCUACAUCGUGGCUCAGCUCCUGGGCGCCAUGGCGGCCACGGGCCUGACGUCCCUCCUCUUCCCUGGCCCAACCAAGGGCGCCAAUGUGAUCGUCAACCCGGCCUUCACCGCUGUCCAGGUCGUCUUCCUCGAGGCCAUCGCCACCUGCGUCCUGGUGGCAUCGGUCCUCUUUCUGGCCGUGGAAAAGUCUCGGGUCACCUUCUUGGCCCCGGUCUUUAUUGCCCUGACCGUCUUCCUCGACCACAUCAUUCUCAUUCCCAUCGAUAAUGCCUCGCUGAACCCGGCCCGCUCCUUUGCUGCUUCCCUCACCACCAACACUUGGGACAGCCACUGGAUCUUCUGGGUCGGCCCGAUUCUCGGCGGUCUGAUCGCGGCAGCCAUCUACAAGAUUUUCAAGGUCGCCCGAUAUGAGCAACUCAACCCUAACCAAGAUGCUUCGGAGUGAACAACUUCCCUGCCAGUACUGUCCCCGACAUCCAUCCAUUUCAACCAUUUUGUCCUUUCGUCCUCGCAACUUUCCCCUUCCCUCCACACAUCACUCGCUCGACCUCGGCCUCGGCCUCUGCUGAGUCGGAGGCAGCAAUCCCGUUGCUUCUCCACAGCCGCGCCUCCCUCUCAUAUGGCUGUGCCGCUUUCACACAAUGCCGCUGGUCGUAAACGCCC